GCUCGGCUCCGGGCAGGUAGAACCGGGCUCCGGGCGCGCGUGCGGCCGCAGCAGCUGCUCCCUACCUCGCCUCGGCCCAACGCAGGGCCUUGGGCGUCCAUGGCCGGCUCCGAGCAGCAGCGGCCGCGGCGGCGGGACGACGGAGACUCGGACGCUGCAGCGGCGGACGCGGCGGCGGCUCCCCUGCAGGACGCGGAGCUGGCCCUGGCUGGCAUCAACAUGCUGCUCAACAACGGAUUCAGGGAGUCGGACCAGCUUUUCAAACAAUACAGAAAUCAUAGCCCACUAAUGAGUUUUGGAGCCAGUUUUGUCAGUUUUUUGAAUGCCAUGAUGACAUUUGAGGAAGAAAAAAUGCAGUUGGCAUGUGAUGACUUAAAAACUACAGAAAAACUGUGUGAAAGUGAAGAGACUGGAGUAAUUGAAACAAUCAAGAAUAAAAUUAAGAAGAAUGUUGAUGUCCGAAAAUCCGCUCCCUCUAUGGUUGAUCGGCUUCAGAGGCAGAUAAUCAUAGCUGACUGUCAGGUUUACCUGGCUGUGCUUUCGUUUGUAAAACAAGAAUUAUCAGCUUACAUCAAAGGUGGGUGGAUCCUUAGGAAAGCAUGGAAGAUUUACAAUAAAUGCUAUCUGGACAUCAAUGCCCUUCAGGAGCUGUAUCAGAAGAAGCUAACUGAAGAGUCCUUGACUUCUGAUGCUGCAAAUGAUAAUCACAUUGUGGCUGAAGGGGUGUCUGAGGAGUCUCUGAACAGACUGAAAGGUGCUGUUAGCUUUGGAUAUGGCCUUUUUCACCUUUGCAUAUCCAUGGUGCCCCCAAACCUGCUCAAAAUCAUCAACCUGCUGGGUUUUCCUGGAGACCGCCUACAGGGGCUUUCUUCACUGAUGUAUGCAAGCGAAAGUAAGGACAUGAAGGCCCCUUUAGCUACAUUAGCUCUGCUCUGGUAUCAUACUGUAGUCCGCCCGUUUUUUGCCUUGGAUGGCAGUGAUAACAAGGCAGGCCUGGAUGAAGCUAAGGAAAUUCUCCUUAAAAAAGAAGCUGCUUAUCCAAACUCUUCCCUCUUUAUGUUUUUCAAGGGACGGAUACAACGACUAGAGUGUCAAAUCAACAGUGCCUUGACGUCUUUCCACACUGCUUUGGAACUUGCAGUAGAUCAGAGAGAAAUUCAGCAUGUCUGUCUGUAUGAAAUUGGUUGGUGCAGCAUGAUAGAGCUCAAUUUCAAGGAUGCGUUUGAUUCCUUUGAGAGGCUAAAGAAUGAGUCCAGGUGGUCCCAGUGCUAUUAUGCCUACUUGACUGCAGUUUGUCAGGGAGCCACUGGUGAUGUGGAUGGGGCACAGAUUGUCUUUAAAGAAGUUCAGAAACUCUUCAAAAGGAAAAACAAUCAGAUUGAACAGUUCUCAGUGAAAAAGGCAGAGCGAUUUCGGAAGCAAACCCCAACCAAAGCACUCUGUGUGCUGGCGUCCAUCGAAGUAUUGUACUUGUGGAAAGCUCUUCCAAACUGUUCCUUCCCCAACCUGCAGAGGAUGAGCCAAGCUUGCCAUGCAGUGGAUGAUUCAUCUGUUGUUGGAUUAAAGUAUUUGCUUCUUGGUGCCAUACACAAAUGCCUAGGAAACUCAGAAGAUGCUGUUCAGUACUUCCAGCGGGCUGUGAAGGAUGAAUUGUGUCGUCAGAAUAACUUGUAUGUUCAGCCUUAUGCCUGUUAUGAACUUGGCUGUCUUCUAUUAGACAAACCAGAGACUGUAGGAAGAGGCAGAACUCUACUUCUUCAAGCAAAGGAGGAUUUCUCUGGCUACGACUUUGAAAACAGAUUGCAUGUCCGCAUCCAUGCUGCUCUGGCCUCUCUGAGGGAAUUAGUUCCUCAGUGACAGACCCGGAACACCUGCUCUGUCCCUCCCCACCCAGGGUCCGCACUUUAAAAUAAAAGCAGAGGACAAAGCUCUUGUGAAGAUCGGCUUUUCUUCUGAAAACCACCUGUGCCAGGGACACAUUUUCCCACUUAAGCUGACAUAUUAAAGAUCUCCUCUUUUAAACAUGUAGCUAAAAAGUAAUAAUGAUGCUGAGGAGGAUGAUGAUGGUUAUAACUAACCACCCAGGGAGAGGGUUAAGUGACCUUGCUCGUUUUAGUUUCGUGAUUUAUUAUUUUUAAAAAUCAAACAAAAUAUCCAACCCAAGAUCCUGUAGGAACACCUACUGUAAGCACAUAUCUGAAUGGGUAACAUACCUGUAAAUUAUUAACAAUAUCAUGACAUAACAUUUAUAUUUGUGUUUUGAAAAAAUAAAAGUGCUUUCUAGCAUUUUACUUUAUCUUCA